AGCAUGCUGCCUUUUGAGAAUGCUUUUGGUUGGACUCCAAUGUUUUUCAGUUUCUUCAUCAUCAAUCCCACAAAAGCAGCCCACUCAAGGUUGGUCCUUUAUCUGAUCGAUGAGCUAACGAAUCAAUGAGCUUUAAUUUAUAAACUGAUGUCAGAUUGGUUUAUCCAAUAGGUCAUUUCGGAAUUCCAAACUGACUCUCACUUUCAAAAUGACUGCUAAGUGCAAAACCUUUCUUGUAAAAAUGAGUUUUGUUUGCAUGUGAAUAAUUUUAAAUAUUAUUUUCAUAUUUAUAAUUAAUUAGUUGUGUUAUAAAUUAAUCCGUUGCCGAUAGCAACGCGUUCCCUAAAUUCCCUAAGGGUAUUUUUGCAUUCGAGCGCUAUGUUUAAAAUUCAGUUUUGAGCUAGCAGUUGACAUGAAAAGAAGAAUUCAGAUUUAGAAACCGAAGACCAGGAGACAAUUCACGCUGGUGUAAGUAGUUUUUUCCAACAGUUUUUCAUCCUCUGAGCGAAUUUCUCUUCAGGAUAUUUGGCCUUUUUUCCUUUUUUCAGCGAAUCAUUCUGCUUAUCAUUAUAUUAAUCCUCGAAAUUUAGAAGUGAAAAGACUGAAAAGAGGCGAGCCCGAUUUCGACGCGCGCGUGAAUGCUGAAUUAACUUGAAUUGUUAAAAUACUGAGACACUGAGAAUCAAAUGAAUCUUGAAGAACAGCGAAACGACGACAACAAAUAGCAAUAAUAAUGCUAAUAUUAUUAAUAAUAGCAAUAUUAAGCCCAGCUUUGAAACAGAGGCUUAUAGGGCAACUCGAAAAUAGCCUAUUGCGUUUAUCAUUGAGUUAUAAACUAAGCUGCUCUACCCAAAGCCUCUUAAUAUCUUUUUUCCUAAAAGGUCCUCAGAUCCCCACAAGUUUUACUCCACCUCCACCUACGUCAAAUUCUCUGGAUCUAUGCGACUCAUCCCAACCGCCUAAACCACUCUCUAACACAUUCAACGAAACUCUGAUAGGCCAGGUCAUCUCUACAGAGAAAGUGUUCUCGGAUAUCCAAUGCAUCGACUUUUGCCUCCGAUCGCUCUCCUGUAAAGCAUACAACAUGGAAUCGAGAGGAUCCACGAUCUAUUGCAUUACCCUAGCUACGAUCGAACGGAGACAGGAAAAGUAUGGAUCAUCUUGUAGAGUUUUUGAUCGAGAAAAAAUUGAAAAGGUUUGUAGCCUAAAAAAAUCGCUUUCUGCCCUCUCUAUACUGUGCUUCCAUCUCCUCCAACCCCCACCUUUUUUUCUUGGACUGACUGGCGUUUAUCUAAUCAUUACUUUAUUUUCUAUCGAAAACUCACUCUACCCUAAGAAAAGUAAAUCUAUACCUAUGCCCACUGCAGGACCCGUGUGGGGGUGACUGGAAUCCCCUGCUGGUUUUAGUGUUUUAACUUGCGCGCCCUGUUGUUUCCUGCGAGCCUCUAUUACUUUUAAGCGCCUGCGUGCAAAGAUCAAAUUGAAAUAUAUGAAACUGCUUUUUUAUAGCACUUCCCAGGGCGCUUUCCAUAAGUAAAAAUUCCCGGCUGGUUCAGUCAUUUUCAGGAUGAAAGCCUGAGUAGUCUUUUCUCAAAAUUGUCACAUCCCAUCAUUUCCGUUCAUAUCACGUAAGAAAAGACUGAUCUGGCUGAAUUGGGGUCUUUCUUUUGCUCGAAAUCUUUGAGAGCGCGCUCUUUUCGCUUGUACUCACUUCCGCCCAUCUCGCACACUCCCAUGUCGCGCGCUCUCACAGAUUUUCGAGCAAAACAGAGAAUGCACGCAGUCUAUAAAUUGUAUUGCAAAAUCAUAAACGAGGCGUUUCUGACAUUGCCUUUUUGUUAUUUGUGUCUACAGUUUCUCUUCCAGCGUGAAAAUUGCUAGAAUUUCGUCCUGACAUUCCAGUUUCAGUCCAGAGUUUCCCUGAGUUGUGAACAGUCACCUUCGCUAUUCUCCGAUUAUGUGGUGUUCUGUGUAUUUGUACUGACGGGACAUAUCGUAUUGGAAGAACUUUUGAAAGACAUCGAAACCUAA